AAUUUUAUUCAUUUAUUUGACAAUCCAAUUAAUACGAACGGAGCAGCAACUCGAAACCCUAAAUCCAGAAAUCUCGCGGUAAAAGGGUUUGAACUUCAAACAUAAUCGUCGAGUAAGUUCACUCAUUCAAUCAAUUCCGAGGUUUUGGCGCUAUUUCCUCUUUCUUUGGAUCCCUGUUUGUCAGAUUCUACAAGAAACUUCGAUCGCGCUGUGCUGUUACUUUGCGAGAGACGUGCGCGGUCCAAUCAAGCUGAGAAAUCCGAGGCAACCGAGUUAGAAUUUCUCUGCUUUGAGAUUUUACCUACAAGCUCAAACUUUUCCAAGAAUGGCAUUGGUUGUGAUCUGUGGUCAGCCAUGCAGUGGGAAGUCCACUGCGGCGCUCUGCUUAGCUGAAGCUCUCAAGGAAUCAAAUGCAAAACAAGCCAUUAGGAUCAUCGAUGAAGCUUCGUUUCAUCUGGAUCGCAAUCAGAGCUAUGCCAAUAUGCCGGCUGAAAAGAAUUUAAGAGGAGUGCUCAGAUCUGAAGUUGACAGAUCUGUAUCUAGAGAUAACAUUGUCAUUGUGGACUCUUUGAACAGUAUAAAGGGUUAUAGGUAUGAGCUAUGGUGUUUGGCGAGGGGAGCAGGAAUUAGGUACUGUGUGCUGUAUUGUGAUGUGGAAGAAACCCAUUGUAGGAAGUGGAAUGAAGAGCGGCGGGAGAAAGGAGAAGCUAACUAUGAUGAUAAGAUAUUUGAAGAUCUGGUCAGAAGGUUCGAGAGGCCAGAUAGUAGAAAUAGAUGGGACUCACCUUUAUUUGAGUUAUUGCCACAUAAAGAUGGAAUAGAGAAGUCAUCUACUAUAAUUCUAGAUGCUGUAUCAUACUUGACAAAAGCAGUGGACUCCAAGUCGCGGGACGUAAAAAUUCUUCAGCCAACAAUCGCGACUCAGAAUUCUCGGUUUUCAGAGGCGAAUUCUCUGUAUGAGUUGGACAAGGCAACACAAGAAGUGGUCAAUGCUAUAGUAGAAGCACAAGCACAGGCAAUGGGAGGGCCUCUGAAUGGUAUCUCCCUGGGUCAGGAGUUACCAGCCAUCAAUAUUUCAAGGUCAGUUGGCCUACCGGAGCUUCGUAGGCUACGAAGAACUUUCAUUAAACUAACAGGGCAAACCAGUUUAAGCGGACCACCGCCACCUUCUGAUGCCGAGAGCGCUAAGAGGAUGUUUGUCGACUAUCUGAAUAGGGAACUGGAAACUGCUUGAGCUAGUUUAACCCGAAGGAUAUUGGGACUUCCUUAGAACUCAGGGACCUGUUCAAGUAAGAUCGUUGGGUGGGAGUUCCAUAUGGAAUGCCUCUGCAGUGGUGCUGUAUACUUUGUAGCAUAUAAACUUCCAAAACUUCCCCAAGCAACAAGAGGUAACAUGGAUGAUACUCUUCUUUUCUGCACAACUUUGGCAAUCUGUGCAUUGUUGGUGCACAGCACAACAAUUAUUUAAACUUUGUUGUAAGUUUAUGAAUGUUUUACUUGAAGAUAUGGAACACCCCUUGCAAUCAUCGCCCACCUCUAAAAAGGUUUCGUGCAUUGAGAAGGAUAUAAAUAAUGUAUGAAAGUUUGAAUUUUGAUGGAAAUUUCGAAUUAGCUGGACUUUUAGCUCUCUUUAUGGUGACUACUUUGUAGGAUUCUGUUGGUUUGAAAUUUUAAUCAUUGAAAGGAUCUUAGUUUA